AUGUCUUCCUCCCUUGAAAGCGACCCCGCCCUCGCCCUCCUCCGUGACAACCUCACCCCGAUCCCGCCCCUCUCCCAAUCCACCACCGCCCUGACCGACUUCUUCUCCUCCUUCGCCCGCGCCGAUCCAGAGCCCAGAAUCAUCCUGAUCGGCGACGCAUCCCACGGCACGUCCGAGUUCUACACGGCCCGCGCCGAGCUAACCAAACACCUCAUCCAACAUUACGGCUUCAACAUCGUCGCCGUCGAAGCCGACUGGCCCGACGCCGAAGCCGUCGACCGCUAUGUGCGGCACCGCCCCGGCCCCGGAGCCCGCGCGAGCGUGGGGCCCGAGGGCGAGACUCGGAAGGAAGGGAGGGAGCCGGCGUUCAUGCGGUUUCCCACGUGGAUGUGGCGAAAUCAAGAGGUGCAGCGGUUUACCGAGUGGCUGAGACUGUAUAACAAAGACCGGGAUCCCAAGGGUGCUGACGCCGUGGGGUUUUAUGGCUUAGAUUUGUACAGCCUGGGGGCGUCGAUGAAGGCGGUUAUUGACUAUUUGGAGACUGUGGAUAAGGAGAUGGCGGAGCAGGCAAGGGAGAGGUACGGUCAGAUGAUGGUCUGGGCCGAGGAUCCUCAUGAGUAUGGGCUCGAGGCGCUCGCCAGUGGGUUUAGGGGGUGUGAGAAGGAUGUGGUCAGGGUGCUGAGGGAUCUGUUGGGUAAGAGGUUGGAGUAUGCGGCCAAGAGUAUGGAUGGGGAGGAGUUCCAUAGCGGGGAGCAGAAUGCGAGAUUGGUGAAGGACGCCGAGCUAUACUACAAGGCCAUGUACUAUGGCCGCGACGAGUCGUGGAACUUGAGAGAUCGACACAUGUUUGACACGUUGGUGCGCGUGCUCAAGCAUCGUGGCAAGAAUGGGCCGGCCAAAGCGGUCGUGUGGGCGCACAACAGCCACAUCGGCGACGCCCGCGCCACCAGCAUGGGCUGGUCCCGCGAUGAGCUCAACAUUGGGCAGCUGUGUAAGGAGACAUUUGCCAGACAGGCGCUCAAUAUCGGCUGCAGCACCAACACGGGCACCGUGGCAGCCGCCCGCCGCUGGGACGGCGACAUGCAGGUCAUGAAGGUGCGGCCCGGUCUCCCAAACAGCUACGAGGAGCUCAUGCAUGCGACGGGGGUCAAGAGCUUUGUGCUCGACCUUCGUGAAGGGCAUUGCAACGAGGAGCUGAGGAAGGCGCUCAUGAAGAAGCGGCUGGAGAGAUUUAUUGGUGUCAUUUACGCGCCGCAUACCGAGAGGCAGUCGCACUAUUCGUCGACGGUGCUGCCGGAGCAGCUUGACGGUUUCAUCUGGUUUGAUGAGACCCGCCAUGUGGGCGCGCUCGAGGUCCAUCAGCCUCAUGUGCCUCUCGAGUUUGACGAGACCUGGCCUUUUGGUCUGUAG